CGAUGGUGCUUGGGUAUUGCUGGCCAUGACACUAUGUUGCAUCCUGCUCUAUCUGGUAAGCACUUUUCUGAGACUGUUGGACGCCUACACAUGGCCAAUAAAACUUGCACGGCGUAGCCAUUCGCCUCGUUCUUCUCACAGCGCUGGAGAAUUGCGUCAGCCCAAGGAUGAGACGAGCCUCAACUUUCAGCUUAUCAAUGUGAUUCCUAAUGUCCUGAUGUUACAUGAUGUAAUCGAGAAGCCCGAAAGUGAAUUGCGCGAAGAACUUCAGACUUAUCUGAGUGCUUUGGAUCCGAAUGCAACGAUCAAAUGGAUUCAUUACGUUCGGGAUCUCUCGGACCUGGCCAGAUUGGAAAUACGCAGACGCGAGCUGGAGUGCUUCAAUCGAUUAAGUGAGGAAGAACUGAAACAAACUGGGAUUCCACCGACGUAUCGACGAAGUUGCUGCGAUCCCACAUGUUGUCACCCAUCCUUGGCUUUGCCACUCGAUGCGAUCGAGACGUAUUCAGCUCAACUUGAAGAGAUAGAGGAACAGCAAAAACAGAUCCGAGCAAGCAUGGGGCUUGAUGGAGAUGGCUGUGUAAACGAAUGUAAAGCCACUUUCACGGGUCUGGUGUUUGUUGGACUAAAUUCUCCAGAGUCUUCACUCACUAUAGCAAAGGAGUUAUUUUCACUGGCUAAAAUCACAAUCCCACUCUCAUAUACCGUUCACCCGGAAACCCACAAACACGGUGUUGUAUGGAGCAGUUUCGAAUCCCCUCUGCCCCAAGCCGUACGAAAACUUCGCCAACCGUUUCAGGAACUGCUGCUGGCGCCGGCAGCAGAAGAGCUCAUCUGGACUAACUUGAUGCAAAGGCGUCACCGAGGACUCUUUUGGCAAGUAGUGGUGUUCUUCAGGGCUUUCGGAAUUUUCGCCUUGGCACUACUUCUUUCCUCACCGUCUUACCUCCUGAUCGCGUUGAAUUACAUCAGUCAACUCAAAGUGUUGGCACCGGAAUUUAAUAUAAUCAUUUACCAGUGGGUACCAGCGCUUCUUCUGGUCGGAUCUGCAGCCCUGGUUAAACUUCUGGUGGUGCGCAGUGAGUACUGGAACAACCACGGGACGUACAGCGGACAAGAGAAAGUCGGUCAGCGACGUCUGUAUGCUUUUCUGGUGGUCAGCAUCUUGCUUCUGCCAUCUCUGGGCGUGAGUGGAGUUCCAGCCAUUUUGCUCAAGAUAUUCAACUCCAGUUUGCCGGAAGGGGCCAAGUUGCGAAUAGAAUGCAUCUUCUUGCCUGACAGUUCGGUCCUGUUCAUCAACUACAUAAUCACUUGCUCACUGUUGGGAAGCGGUUUGACUCUGAUGCAACUGGAUCGGAUAUUUCUCUUUCUCGUGCGACGUUGGAGCUGUUGCAUCCACUCCUCGGCUGAAGCAGAAUGUCUGGCGCGGGAGAACGCCGGACCGUUCCCGUUCCGUGAACGCUACGCCUCGAUGAUGUUGAUCCAAACAAUCGCAGUAGCCUACGCCCCGAUCGCCCCCAUCAUCAUACCGUUUGGGAUGCUGUACUCUCUGUGUGACUACUGCACGUGUAAGUACGCCCUCGUACAGAUAUAUCAUCCAGAUUGGAGAGAAGAUGGUCGCGGAACAAGGCUCGAAACGCCAGAUAGAGGAGGCCCUGACAACCAACUCUAUCGUCUCACCUGGUCUAUCCAAGCAACGCUAAAUGGACUUACCGGAAUAUGCCUGGCGGUGUUCAAUCUAUUCGUUUUCUUCGUUCUGCGCGUCCGGAUCGAACAAAUGCAACGUCCCCUACUUGCCUACCUUAUGCUGUGUGUAUUCACUCCACUGGUUUGUGUCUUCCUUUCGGUGGUAGUUACCCAUCGCUUGGUACGGCUGUCCUACUGGUGUGAGCGUUACUCACGGCCACAUGAACUGGACUCCUAUCCGGACCCAGGACCAACAGGUCCUCCGGGAACACUGGAACCUGUCCUACUAACACAGUGGGUUGACUUGUGCAUCGAACUAUCACAGGGAAUCGAAUCCAACUCAGCCUGGACAAUGAAACAAUUUUGUCCUCUUUCAAAACCAGCCACAGAUUCGUCCGAUUACCCUAAAUGUGGGGGAUUCCGUUGGAUUUG